AUGACUUUGCCCAAAGUGCCGACGCCGCUUGCGCUGGCAGAAUGCCUUCGAAGCCUCGCAAACGACUUGGAGCGCUGCUCGGACCCCGCCAAGGCAGAAGGAGCUGUCGAGGCUCGCCAAGGACUGCAGCGCACUUUGGCCACGUGUUGGGCCGGUCGUCCCCUGCCUCCCGCCUGUGCUGCUUUGAGAGACCUUCUAGGUGAAUCGGCUUUGGACGCGGAUGUGGAAGUUAAGAUUGUAAAGCCGAAUGGUGAGAGCUCCUUCGUGGGCAUGAUUCUUCGAAAAGGUGUAGCAGAAGCUGUGGUAAAGUAUCGCGGGGAGUUUCCAUCGAUUGCAUUUCGAGAAGAGUGCAACUAUGUUUUUGCGGACUGGCUAGGGUUUCAUGAUGUGGUGGCCCCCUGCAUCGCCCUGGAUCUACCCUUGGCUUCGAGCGAGUUCACAGAUCUCAGUGUUAUGGAUGUGCUGCGCAAGCACACGGCUGUGUGGGCCCAGGCGACGCAGGAACACUGCAAGACGUGGCCGACCAAUAUGUGGGUGACGGUGGAGAAGUGCAUUCGAAUCGCGGAGUCGGAGUCAUCGCGCGGGCCCGCCUCCCGUCUGGCCAAUUUCUUUGGUUCGGUGGACCUCCGGCAGGCUUACGCAGCAACCCCCAGCGGACAGUGCUGUGGCAUAGAGGCACUCUUGAGAGACACCUACACCCGUCAGCAACCUACAGAUGCUGACUUUUUCAAGGUGGUUUCUAACUUGGAUGUGCAGAACGUACAUCGGCUCUGCGUGUGUGCUUGCAUAACAAUGCAACGAGACGGAGGCCCAUCAAAUCUGAUGCUAAGACAGGCAAGGCCACAAAGCCCACAAAGGCCACAGGAAGGAGAGGACUCAUGCGAGCCAAAUUCCGGAAAUUCCGCUUUCGAGCUGGUCUGCAUUGACUCGACACGAGUUCUGAACGCAUUUCCCAGCGAGGCAAUGGUUUUAUUUGACGAACUUGAUGGGACGAUCGGCCCGUUUACAUAUUGGUUUCCGGCCUGCGUUGAGUUGCCCCAGUCUGAGGAGGUCCUUCAUCCGUCCGUUGCUUCUGCCGUUCUGUCACUGGAUGCCGAUGCCAUGGAAGGUUUUCUGGCGCAGCUCUUGAGUUUUCCCGGUGCCUCUUUGGCACGGAGCAAGUGUGAGGCACUGGCAGCUUCUGACCGGCUCAGGCACAUGCAGAGCUUACUUGGUGAGGAGCCGGAGAUUACGGCUCGAGAGCUCUGCUUCAGGGUGAUGCCUCUUUGGGAGGCAGACUACUGGGCGCCGGGUCGCAAGGAGCUAAUCCCUUUCCAUGAGCUAGGAGUGCAUCUGCACGAGGGCGGUAGCGCGGAGGAAUGGGGAGAGAGGUGCAGCUGGCCUCAUAGCACUGAACAUGCCAGCGAGAUCGUGCCAGUUUCUCGACCGACUGUGAACGACUUCUUCUGA